GUUUUUCUUAAUAAACCUACAUCCAUUAUAUAUAAUAACAUAGAAUGUGAAAUAUAAUGAAGAAAAUGAUAUAAAAUAACGGGAUUCGAAGUGUAGGUGAGCGAUAAAGUGAAAUGAUGAUAAACAGGGACAUUCAGCACGCACGUGAUUUAAAUGGAUCUUUUCUGAGCCAUACUACUAGGGGCGUGGUUAGAGUUGUGACGUCACACCUCCUCUGUUCUGUAUCUGAGACUCUGUCGCUUUUUCAGCUUAUCACCGUGGAUCACACACUGGAUGUGAGAAAAAACAAACAAAUAAACAAAGUGUCUGGAUUUGCACUGAAAUCUGACCUUGCUUUACGAGAAAUCUUCCUUUGGACGCGUUAAGAGGAUACUGUUGCUCCUGCAGUUUGGCUAAAGACAAACGUGAAAGAGGGAGAAAGUCAAUAAACAGACUGUCUGACCUUGUGUUUGGGUUUGUUUGUGAUAAGCUGUUUUAUCUACGAUCUUUCACCCGACCUGAACAUGGAUGAGGACAGUAGAGUCCCUGAAGACCUUUCUCUAGCAGAAAGAGAUGAACUGUCUAACAUUCGACGGAGGAAAAAAGAACUACUAGAUGACAUUGAACGGUUAAAGUUUGAGAUUGCUGAAGUGAUGACAGAGAUUGAACAUUUAACAUGCAUGGGAGAGACAAAGACCACACAGAGGAAUAAGCAGAUGGCUAUUGGAAGGAAGAAAUUCAAUAUGGAUCCUAAGAAGGGUAUCCGGUUUCUUUUGGAUAAUGAUCUUCUGCAACACACACCUGAGGACAUUGCACAGUUCCUAUGCAAAGGAGAGGGCUUGAAUAAAACAGUCAUCGGAGACUAUUUAGGCGAAAGGGAUGAUUUUAACAUCAGUGUUCUACAGGCCUUUGUGGAACUACAUGAGUUUGCAGACCUCAACCUAGUGCAAGCUUUACGGCAGUUUCUGUGGAGCUUCAGACUCCCUGGUGAGGCUCAGAAGAUUGAUAGAAUGAUGGAAGCUUUCGCAUCACGAUAUUGCCAGUGCAACCCAGGCGUCUUCCAGUCCUCAGACACAUGCUACAUUUUGUCAUUCUCCAUCAUUAUGCUCAACACCAGCUUGCACAACCCCAAUGUCAGAGACAAGCCAACUGUCGAGAGAUUCAUCUCUAUGAACCGUGGCAUCAAUGAAGGUGGAGAUCUGCCUGAGGAGCUGCUCAAGAAUUUAUAUGAAAGCAUUAAAAAUGAGCCAUUCAAAAUCCCUGAAGAUGAUGGCAAUGAUCUGACACACACAUUCUUCAAUCCAGACAGAGAAGGUUGGCUGCUUAAGCUAGGAGGAAGGGUAAAGACAUGGAAAAGGAGAUGGUUCAUUCUUACUGAUAACUGCUUGUAUUACUUUGAAUAUACGACAGACAAAGAGCCUCGUGGGAUCAUUCCACUGGAGAACCUCAGCAUAAGAGAGGUGGACGAGCCAAGAAAACCAAACUGCUUUGAGCUCUACAACCCAAGUCAUAAAGGUCAGGUGAUCAAAGCGUGUAAAACAGAAGCAGACGGCAGGGUUGUAGAGGGAAACCAUGUAGUAUACAGAAUAUCAGCCCCUACUCCUGAGGAGAAAGAGGAGUGGAUCAAGUCCAUCAGGGCCAGCAUCAGCAAGGACCCGUUCUACGAGAUGCUGGCGAGCAGAAAGCGGCGAGUCGCCACUAAGAAGUGACAGCAGGUGUACUGAUCUCUAAUAGAGAGUCUAUUGUCUGCUCAUCUACAGGGGAGCUUAUUAAAUCCUAAAGGAGGUAGGCUGCAGGACACAGAACACAGCUACCUCCAGUCUGACAUCAAAGACUCUCAGCAGUAAAACUCUCCAUGCUUGGUGCAUACUUUAACGUGGGAAUCUGCAGAAAAGCUGCAGUGUUCAUCACUUGAAGGAAUAAAGGACAGGCACAGUACCACAUUGCCCUCUACUGUUCAUCUGAAGCAAUUACCAGACAUUCUUAUUAAUACUGUAUUAUAGUAUAUUCUAAAGGUGGCCUCUCAUUCUCACAUUAUUAUUAUUAUUAUUAUUAUUAUUAUUAUUAUUGACACCUAUUUACCUGAGAAUAAAUAAUAAAAAACAUUUAGUGCCACAAUGUCCAUUAAACAAAAGGCCUUCCAGUAUUUUAUUUUUAAUUAAUCUAUUAUUUAAAAUUAUUUUAUUAACACAAAUAUAUCAUGCUAUCAAAAUCAGCAGGACUGAUUAUGUGAGGUUUUGGACUAUACUUUGUUAAAAUUGUUUUAAGUCAUAUAAACAAAUGAAGGAUGUUUCUGUUGUGUCUGUGAUGCCUUUAAAGUUUUAGUGAAACUCAGUCUUUGGUUACAGGAUUUUAUUCUAAUAAUCUACGACAAUGUUGAGACAAUGUUCACUUGUGUCUGUCUUUCUGUGAAGCCAUGGAACUACAGUAAAGGUCCAACUGAAAAUGGAUUUUAAAGCUAUUGGCCAUUUGAAUUAUGAAUAUUUUCUUAAUCGUAAACUAGUCUUUUAAAUCCAUAAGUGGUUAUUGGUUAUGGUCCAUGAAGGAGUGCUUAUAAGUUAAAUGAGGCAAAGGAUCAGUGGGGGUAGGGGACUGGAAACUGGCAACAAAAACCCCCAAAAUGUGAAUGUCUACUGUGAAAACUCUAAUUCAAUGAGUAAUAAAUAAAAUAGAAAUUUUGAAAAA